AUGAAUCUAUCUUGCAAAUGGAGCAAGCCUGAUUGCCUCAAGAAAUUCGCUUCCGCCGAGGAAUUGUUCAACCAUCUUUGCGACUCUCACGUCGGCCGCAAGCGCAAUGGAAACCUAAGCUUAAACUGCUCCUGGGAGGGUUGCGACCACAAAGCCGCCAAACGAGAUCAUAUGACUUCUCACAUGAUGGUCCAUUGUCCAUUGCAAACCAAUGUGUGCGGGAUCUGCGAAAAGACCUUCAAGCGUUCAUACGAUUUACGGAAGCACGAAGUCACCCAUACGGUUGCGCAUCACGAACUGCACACCCGCUCGCGGGCGGUUGUUUACCAAGAGCUUGAAGUGCCCUUCCCGACGGAGAUGAAGCCCUCGCCGACGCCGAUGAACCGAGUCCGAGUCCACAGCCUGCCUCGAGAACAGUCGAGGGAAUGGAAUGGGCCACAAGUCCAGCCGGCUGUCCCGGGGGCAGUCCAUCGCGAAAGAUCCUUCUCCGUCCCUCGCCACAACCCUUACCCACGUCCUCAGUCUUCCGACCAAGCCUCGUACUCGUUGUAUCCGACCAGCUGGAAUAACGAGUUCAAGUUCCCCUCCGAGCGCCAUCAACGCUCAGACUCGAUCGCCGAGGAAGGCCCUUAUAACGUCAACAUGCCCUUGUUCAACCAAUUCCAGUUCAUGGAACAGUAUCCUCAACCGGCCGACUCUCUCGCUCCAGACCUCUUCAACUCGAGUGUGCCGCCCUCCACUUCUUCAGGAAGCUCCUCAUCCUCCAAUCAACCCAACACCUACUCCAACAAUCCGCCCGGGGACUGGUCUGAAAUCUUCUCUUUCGUCCAUGAUACGCGCAGGGAAAGCGAGCCAUACUCGAUCCCAUCCGAGGAUUUCUCCGGCUCUGAGGCUCUCUCUGGGAUGUUUGGAGGGGCGGAGCGAUGUUCAGAAGUGCUCAGGACAAGCUCCUUGUCUGGCUCUGAUGCGCUCUCAUCAGGCGUCUAUGGCGGGCCCGAUCCGAGCCCAGAACUCUUGAGCGCAACCCCGUUCUCCGGUUCCGAUCUGAUUUCUGGGCUCUUUGCUGCGGCUGAGCCAGCGCCCGAGGUGUUCAAUCCAAGCUCCUUUUCUGGGUCCGAUGGACUCGCCGGCGUGUUUGGCGGCGGUGGCCCAUUACGGAUCAGCUCAUUGCCGUGUCGCGAGCUGCAAUACCCAGCCGCAAGCACCAGCUCGUUCAACGCAUACGAAAACCUAGGCUUCCGCCAUUCGCUGUCGGCUGCCGUCACCGCCGAGCCUGCAAACUUCUCGGACUCCCAGAUCAGGGAGUUCCUGGCUCAGCAUGGCCAACCGCAGCCCUACGAACAAGGCUUUCUUGAACCCCUUGCUCAGUAUCAAGCCUCGGAGGAGGAAUUCCUGCAGCUCCAAAACUACGCCUGCGUCGCCCACCUCGACACCCUCUUGAGCCUCGCUGAUCUCGGCGGGCUCUCCCAACCCUCUGGAUCCCAUGACCAGUCCCAUGCCGUCCUCUUGGACCUUCCUCCCUUCCAAUAUCCCGUCCCUUCUUCCCUUUUCUAAAGCGCUUCAACUAAACUGGCUUAUACCCACCCGUAGGCAGAAAUCCGGUGCCUCUUCCUACGAACUUCGAGGCCAACUCUAUCAUCAUCCACAAAUCAUCACUCGAGCACUCGUCCUCCACACCUCUUACAAUUCUCUUCUUCUUUUUCUUCACUUCAUUCCUAGAUG